GCCAACUGUUCUUCAGUAUCAUGUGUGAGCUGGAGGACUAUCUGUUGUUGGACUGACAUGGGUUUGGAUGAAGUUUGGUCACAGUCGGGUCUUUCUCCAGCUGUUGUUUGUCUGCGUGAAUCCUCGGUGAUGGUGUGACGACUCGGCGGAGGGAGAUCCGUGCGCAAUAAUGCGGAUUUUUCUCCCUUUGCUGUUCGCUCUGUGCGCAUCGCUGGGCCGCUGCAUUUUCGACGGCAGCUGUCCCAGGAGAGACCCCCCACCAGGUAUGUUGGUUUUAUCCUCGGGCAGUAACCUGGUUCUCACCUGCAAAGGUCACGCAACGGUGGAUGGAGUAAAGGUCAACGGUGCCAAAAACAACUCAAAAGCCAACAGGAGAGCGAGUUCUUCAGUCACACCCACAACCACUGGAAACAUUGUAAACAGAAAACAUAUGAAGGACAGUUCCUUAAAGGAAGAAAACCACACCAGCCCUGAGGCAGAAGUCGGUGUGACGAAAGAAACCAGAGGCCCCAGAGACACAGAUACAGCAAACACAGCUUCUCCCACUACUCACGUGACCCCACUGACCAGUGUGGUCCGACUGCUGAGGGGUGAAUCCAACUGGGACAGUGAAGAGUUGGAUGGAGAGGGAGAUUUUGGGGAAGAUGAGGAGGAGGAAGGGGCGAGUGGGAGCAGGGUAACAAGAGGCACAAAAUCCCAGCCUCAGUGGAAGUUGAAUGGGGAGACAGUGGGGACAGGGAAAAGAGACUGGAGAGAAAUCAUAUUUGAGAAGAGAGGAGCGACAAUGUCUCUGUUCUCAGUGAGAGAGACGGACUCUGGGACGUACAGCUGUCAUCACAGAGGCAGAGAGAGGUCCUCCUUUAACGUAGUUGUUGCAGAUCCUCCUGAGAGUCCCAGCCUGUUCUGCUACAAGAGGUCACCGAGCAGUAAGAUUCGCUGUGAGUGGACGCCACAGAAGCCUCCUAGCAGAAACAUGAACUGUUCCCUCAUGCUGAAUAAAAGACUGUCAGAUACAUUCCUUCAUUAUCAGUGCUCGUACUCUACUCGUCGCUCCCGCUACUGGUGCGCUCUGGACCACAAUGAGGACGAGCUGAGAUCGCUUCACUUGGCCUACCUGUGUGUUACAAGCAUCGCAGGCAAUGCCACCAGCCCCCUGCUGCCCUUCACACCUCUGGACAUUUUGAAGCCGGACCCUCCGUCAGACAUCAGAGUCAACCAGGUGGAGGGACAUGAGACAUGGAUAAAGGUCAACUGGAAUUUUUCGACAUCCUGGAAGUUUCAAGACAGAUAUUAUGAACUAAUCUAUGAGCUCAAAUAUCGACCGCUGGAGUCCUCGUUUUAUAAUGAGCAGAUAAAAAAUAUUAAGAGCCGGCGCUCGUACACCAUCACUGAUGCGAUGCCUGGUGUUAGAUACCUGAUUCAGCUCAGGACUAAGGAAGAAUAUGACGGUCAGUGGAGCGACUGGAGUUCACCUGUCAACAUCAGCAGCUGGACAGCUCACAAGCUCAGUGAUGAUCUGACGGCCACUAUGUUUCCAGAAUUCAUAGAGGAAGGAUCUGCUGCAGAGGACGACACACCCAAUGAUCCUGGACCAGUGGUUGGUGAAGUGGAGGUGUCACAACACGUCCUGUGGAUCUGUGGUUCAUUUCUUCUCUUGUCAAUCAUUCUGGCUGCCUACAUGUUCAGACACAAGGACAAAUUAGUGUCUAAACUCCACUGUUUUAGCAUCCUCGUCCAGUCGGGUAACUCGUCUCAGCCUCCACCCUCCACACCAGCCGCCCCAGAAGGGCAGGCCCUGGUGACCUUUGUCCCUCCAUGUAACGAUCAGCCCUCAUCUGGUGAAGCAGACGAAGGGGAAGAAGAAAAUGAGGAAGAGCAGAGGCUGGAGGAGAGAACAGAGGCUGUUCACUUCAGCAACACAAGUUAUUUCUUGACCCAGAGGAUGUGAUGUCACUCAAAACAAGCUAGAACAUUUUGUACUGCUGGAUUGUUUUUUUUAACCUCAGAACUAGUGUCACAGAUAGCAAAAGGACAGUGGACUUACAAUUGCUGUGGUUCUUGCUCAAACUUUGUAUGUAAAGUCUGCCACUCUAUCUCUCUAACUAUCUCAUUCCUGAAAUACCUCUGCAGUAUUUAUACUUCUCUUCCUGUUGCCUCCUAAAAUGUGUUGGAUGCAGGUCUAAUAGCUGUAAAGCCCUGCAUCUAUGCCUGAAUAUAUAUAUAUAUAUAUAUAUAUAUAUAUAUAUAUAGGUUUGUCAUUUAUUUCACUCACACCCUGCCCUCUCAGUUUCCACAUAUUCUUUACAAACGUGUUGUUUUCCUGCCUUUUAGGCUUAGAUUUGAUGGUUUCAGGCACAAACUGUUGUCCAGUCAACCAGCUUCCAGAGAGGGCUACACUGGGGAAAAAAUAUUUAUAAAUGAUGAUGUAACCAUAUAUGAAAUGUGAUAUGUGUGUGUUAAAUACAGAAGUGAACCACAGUGGUUUACUUUUCUUGUAUUAUCUUAAAAGUCAAUAGAAUAGUCCAAAAGCUGUAUUUUUGAGAAGGUUGUAGGAUUCUUAGUUGACAAAGUUCAGAGCUCAAAAGUCCCAAAAGGUGAUAUUUCAUCUUGUGUGCAGAAGAUAUUGACAUGUUCGCACACGAUAAUUUACUAAAAAGUCCACAUGUCUCCGACAACUUCAAAUGCUUAAAUUUUCACCUUGGACUGUCAUAUAAUGAGAUUUUUGCUGCUCUUAAGAGCAAUUAAAUCAACUUACCCCUGUGGUGUUC